AGUACUUGUUUUACGGUCGUAUAUUGCUGUGAUAAAUUACCGUAUAACUAUAUUGCGAUAAUGGAUGUGUUAAAUUCUUGUCGCUGCUGCCUGCAGGCCGCAGGGGACAUGGACUUGACGAUACCGCACACACAUCUCGGUAGAACCGAGAUAUACUCGGACAUGCUUAAAAACUGUUUCGAUUUGCACUUGACACUCAUCGGUAAUGGUUCAUGUGGGAUCUGCAUGACAUGUGUGGGGCGCCUGCGAGACGCAAGUGACUUCAAGCUACAAGUGCAGCGCUGCCAGGCAGAACUGCAGUCACAAUUACAGGGUGUGAGCCAUGUUCAUUAUGAAGAUGUUGUAAUCAAAACAGAGAAGGUGGAAAAUCAUGGCUCAGAGGAUGAGAAUGCGUCACACGAAGAUUCUUUAGUUAAGUCAGAGCGUUCGGGUGGUGUCGAGACGUGUAACGAGGACGACAUAUCGUCACGAUCGGACCCGUUGGGCGGCGCAGCUGAUGCGGGAACGGAGCCAGCGGCGGCUAUAUCCCGUGACGAGACACUCGGCCUCUCGAGUCAUACGAGCGACGUGUCCGACACCGGUGAGGCCCACUCCGGGGACGAAGCGUACACCAGCGACCCUUCUGAACAGCAAGAAAAACAUAUCGACCAGCAGCGUUAUCCGUGCGACUUAUGCGAUAAAGACUUCGUUAACAAGUCAGCCUUGAAGCGACAUCAGCGAGUAAUACACGCGACAAAAAAAAUGUACACUUGUGAUAAAUGCAACAAGAAAUUUACUGAUUUAAAUAAACAUAAAUGCACUUACACCGAUGAGGAGUUCGGUUGUGAUGUUUGUGGCAAGAAAUACUCAAAUAAAGGUUAUUUAAAUAUACACAAAGUAAGCCACAAAGGAGAGAAACCAUACAAAUGUGAAAAAUGUAACAGGAGAUUUAAACGCAAAUGUUUUUUGCAACAACAUGAAAAAACUCCAUGUGAAGAAAAUUCAUACACCUGCGAUGUGUGUAACAAGCAAUUUAAGACAAAAAUGCUUCUCAAGAGACAUAUAUUAAUUCACAAUGGGGUAAAACCAUAUGGUUGUAAAGAGUGUAAUAAACAAUAUUCAAAAAAAGAAGAUUUGAUCGCACAUAAAAGAGUACACACUGGGGACAAAUACAGCUGUGAAGUUUGUGACAAACAAUAUAUUAUUAAAAAAAACUUGUCAAGACAUAAAAAAAUUACUCAUACCGGUCAAAAGUACGAAUGUACAACAUGUAACAAACUAUUUACUAAUAACAAUUAUCUCAAGUUCCAUCAUCAAAGAAUUCACACUGGAGAAGAGUUGGCUAAAAAACGUCCCUACUCAUGUAAAUAUUGUAGCAAGCAGUUUAUAUCAAAACCGGAUUUAAACAGACAUGCGAGAAUACAUACUGGCGAGAGGCCUUUUGCCUGUGAAGCGUGUCAGAAGACAUUUAAGCAAAAAAGUCACUUAGUAACACAUAUAAAAACAUGUAUGAAGCAUUUGAAAUCAUAAAAUUAUUUAUUAUUUUUUA